GUUUCAAUUUCCGGUUCUGUGCGUACUGUCGUUCUCGUCUAUUACACCUUUCAUCCGAUGUUUGCUACAUACCUGGAAUGGCUUUCACAUUGUAAUAUGGGCUAUAAAUAAGCAUAUGACCAUCGACAGCUGCUCGCAUUACACUCGAGGCUAACCACUGUACCACAACCGACCGCACAUCCCGUCCGAGAAACGUAUUGCAAAAUGUCAAACUCAUCACGAUUCCGGUUCCACUCGCUGCUGGUACUGCUGGUGCUCGUAUCGACCAUCGCCACACAAUAUGGCGCCCGGGCCGCCAUACUGACGCGUGCCAUCGAAGCCCAGAAAUCGCUGGUCGAGCGGGAAGAACAGGUGCUCCAGGAGGCGAAAGAUCAAGUGUACCGGACGGCACAGAACGCGAUCGAUGUGUCACGCGAUGCCGUAUCGAACGUGGCCGACCAGCUUCGCUAUGUCGUCACCUAUCCGUGGCGUGUGGCAAACGAAGCACUGGAGAAACCGAAACUGUACGCCAAGUACAUGCUGUACAAGGCAACUAGCGCGAUAAACGGAGAGGUCGAAACAACGCCCGUUCCCGUAGUGCUGUCGAACGAGUACACGUCCCAGGAACCGCAACCGUCGGCUGACACCGAAAUGUUCCCACAGUUAAUUUCAGGUUUACGAUCCCUCUUCAACCCGGCACCAUCCGAACCAAAUAAGGAUCUUCCGAAACCAAGCCCCUACAUCGAGGUGAUUGAAAUUAAGCAGAAACCUUCAGAGAUGCAGGCCUCGCUGCCUUCUGUGGGGGAGAUCGACACGGAACCGACGAAGGAAGCUAUUCAGCUGUAAGAUACAUACGAUUAGUUGAGUAGGCUUAAAGCAUCAAUCUAAAGAAUAGGUUAAGAAAAAUACUUAACCUUUGAAUAGCUUAACUGUUAACUGUACACACAUUUACGCUGAAUAAAUCAUAAAGAAACUUUUACCAAUCAAAUGCUUU